CGCACGCGCAAAUCCUUGUUGGCAUCGGAAGUGGUGUGUGCUUUAUGGCUGCCUCCUCACGCCGUAUGAGCAAUUACGAGUUUAUGUUGACUAAGUGUUAAUACAAGGUGCAACAGUAAUCACACAUGGCUCUCAGAAGGUGUUUGAGGUUUACACGGGUUGUCCAGCGGGUGUUAUGGAACAGUAACGUCCUUCCUGGGGCUUCCGUCCCUGGAGGACAAAGCCUUGUGUCCAACACUCACCUCUGCUGCAAAAGUACAGGUCUGCUGCUCCGCAGGUUCAGUUCAGGACCACCGAGCACAGAUGUGAGUUAUGACCAGCUGAAGCUGCUCCUGGCUGCCCGGAAAUCCGUAGUUAUAGAUGUCAGAGAGCCCUGGGAGCUCAGGGAGUACGGCUUCAUCCCCGGGACGAUAAACGUUCCCCUGGGACAGGUGAACACUGCCCUCCAGCUAGAUCCUGAAGAGUACAAAGAAAAGUACGGCGGUGAUAUGCCCCAGCAGACAGAUAACAUUGUGUUCAGCUGUCUGGCAGGGGUCAGGAGCAAGAAAGCACUCGACACAGCUGUCUCGCUGGGAUACAAAGAUGUUCAGCAUUACCCGGGUGGAUGGCAAGACUGGGUGAAAAACGAACAACAUAAUUGACCCAGGAAUAAGCAUUAUUGAAAGCUCUCUAAAAAAAAGGUGAUCUGAGAUCAGAUUGGGAAAGGAACUGCAUAACAAGGAGUCUUGUAAAGGUUUUUUUUUUUUUUAAGUUUAUUCUAUUUUCUGUUGUUUUAAGAACCAGUGAUUAAAGUUGUUAACCUCACUUUCAAAUCCAAAGACUGAAACCAGAAGGCUCAGCGCACAUCAGCAAUCAUGUGUCUGCUGCUAAAAGAUCUCAAACCUUAUGCAAUGUUGCUUGAACUUAUUUUAGAACAGUUUAUCUACCCUUUACAGCUUUGUACCAAUAAACCAGAACAAUGAAGAACUAGUGUUUAUUCUCAAUAUUACUGCAAAUAUUAACAACCAAUUAAGUGCUAAAGUUUUUGUUUUGAAAUGAUCUAUGCAAAUUACUACUAAACUGUGUAUGAUUGUAGAGUUGAAGUCUUUGAUUGCAUAAUAUGAAAAGUUAAGCAUUUCAAGUUGACGUAUUGUGAAUAUUAAAUAACUCCUAGAUGGAACUGUCAGUGCAGUUGUUGCCAACAUCGUUCAGUAAAUAAAAGUAUACUUUUGAUCAAUAGCAAAA